GAUGGAUUGUGUCGGCCAAUUUUGGAUUUAUCUUUAAGGAAGAUCAACGUGGCGGCCGUACCCAGACGACAGACUAGCAGCCAAGUAAGAAACUAAAACUAAUGCGCCUUUCCCUCUCUGUAUUUUUCUCUCUAUAUAUAUAUUCACCCUCUACAUGUAUACAUAAUUAUUGUUUCUGGUAUGGGAGGUGUAGUAGUGCAACUUUCGGAAACUGAAAACAGAAUCUUCCUGGGUUUUGUUUUCGUUUGGUUUUAGGUCAGAAUAUAUAGUAACAAAGAAAAAUUGUUUACCUAGUAAUAGUUAAAGUUUAUAUACUAAUAUGGAAGGAGACUUUUCAACAAGCACUGAAAAGCGCAAGCAAAGGCAACAACAGCAGCAAGAGAAGCCCUAUAGAGGGAUAAGGAUGAGGAAGUGGGGAAAGUGGGUGGCUGAGAUUAGAGAACCCAAUAAGAGGUCUAGAAUUUGGCUUGGUUCCUAUACUACUCCUAUUGCUGCGGCGCGUGCUUAUGACACCGCCGUGUUUUAUCUCCGUGGCCCUUCUGCUCGGCUUAACUUCCCGGAAUUAGUUUUCCAUGAGGAAGAUGAUGAUGUUCGAGACAUGUCUGCGGCUUCUAUACGCAAGAAAGCCACCGAAGUUGGAGCUAGGGUCGACGCGCUACAAACUUCUCUCCAUGCAUCAUCGCAAUCAAAGCCGUCUAGUCGUGCCUCGGAGCCGCCGGAUUUAAACGAGUAUCCGAACCCAGAAAACUCCGAUGAUGAUGAUUGAAGAGACGUUUCAGAAUUGGGGGUAAGCCUGUCUAUCAAUCAUUUUAUCCAGACUUCACCAAAGUGGAAGCUUUUUAUGUAUCAGGAAAAAAGUAUUUCUGAUGUAAAAAAGAUGAGAAAGAAAGAAAGAAGGACGAAGUUGAUGUUGGGUGUGAAAAUAGAAUCACUACCCGGUUUCUGUUUGAUAGGUAUAGAUUCUCAGUUUGUAACAAGAACUAAUCAGCAAUAGUUUUUAGUCAUAAAAUUAGUUUGUUUUUUCUUUUUCUUUUCUUCUUUUGAACUUGUUUCUAAAUAGUUUCAUAUGUUUUUUCUUUUUC